CGGCUCUUCUGCAUGGUUUAGUCUUGUACAGCAUAUGGAGAUCUAGGUGCUUUUUUAUUUGGAUUCUGCUUGUUUAAGGAGUUUCCACUGAGAUUUCCGAACCAACAAAAGAAGAGACGAUGCUGCAAGUAAUUUGAAUGAAAUCUGCUUGACAUGCUACUGAAGAUGGAGUUUGUUAAAGAGGAGUUUAAAGAGGAGAAUGAUGAUAUCAGUAUUUCAGAACCAUUCAGACAGAAGAAUGAAGAUACUGAGGAACAAAGUGACCUGAAGAAGCUGAAAAAGGAAAGUGAAGCACUGAAUGAAGUGGAGGAAAAACAUCAGUAUCAGGAACAUGCUAAAUUUGGAGAAAAAUCUUAUAGUUUCUCACAGACUGAAAAGAAAUUGUCACAUGAAAUGACUAGAAGAACAAAAACAGAAAAUUCUUUCACAUGCCCUCAUUGUGGAAAGAGUUACACACAAAAAGGAAGUCUUAAUAGCCACAUAAGAAUUCACACAGGAGAGAAACCUUUCCCAUGCCAUCAGUGUGGAAAGAGUUUCUUAGUUAAAGGAUCCCUUCAAAGGCACAUAAAUACUCACACUGGAGAGAAGCCUUACACAUGCCUUCAGUGUGGAAAGAGUUUCUUAGUAAAAGCAUACCUUGAAAGGCACAUCAGAACCCACACUGGAGAGAAGCCUUACACAUGCCAUCAGUGUGGAAAGAGUUACAAACAAAAAGGAAAUCUUAAUAUCCAUAUGAGAACUCACUCUGGAGAGAAGCCUUUCACAUGCCUUCUGUGUGGAAAGAGUUUCACACAAAAAAGAAGCCUUAAAAUCCAUACAAGAAUUCAUACUGGAGAGAAGCCUUUUCCAUGCCUCCACUGUGGAAGGAGUUUCAUAGACCCAAAAGCCCUAAAGUAUCACAUGAGAAUCCACUCUGGAGAUUCUCCAUACACAUGCCUUCAGUGUGGAAAGAGUUUUAGACACAAAAGAAGCCUCUCAAUUCACGUAAGAAUUCACAGUGGAGAGAAGCCUUACAUAUGCUCUCAGUGUGGAAAAAGUUUCACAUUUAAAGAAAACCUUAAAAGGCACAUAAGAAUUCACACCGGAGAGAAACCUUUUGCAUGCCAUCAAUGUGGAAAAAGUUUCUUAUUAAAAGAACACCUUAUAAGGCACACAAGAACUCACACGGGAGAGAAACCUUUCCCAUGCCAUCAGUGUGGAAAGAGUUUCUUAGUUAAAGGAUCCCUGCAAAGGCACAUAAGUACUCACACUGGAGAGAAACCUUAUGCAUGCAAUCAGUGUGGAAAAAGUUUCUUAGUAAAAGCAUACCUUGAAAGGCACAUCAGAACUCACACUGGAGAGAAGCCUUACACAUGCCAUCAGUGUGGAAAGAGUUACACUCAAAAAGGAAAACUUAAUAUCCAUAUGAGAACUCACUCUGGAGAGAAGGCUUUCACAUGCCUUCUGUGUGGAAAGAGUUUCACACAAAAAAGAAACCUUAAAAUCCAUACAAGAAUUCAUACUGGAGAGAAGCCUUUCACUUGCCUUCAGUGUGGGAAGAGUUUCAGACAUAAACGAAGCCUCUCAAUUCAUAUAAGAAUUCAUAGUGGAGAGAAGCCUUACAGAUGCUCUUACAUUGUUUCACAUUUAAAGAAAACCUUAAAAGGCACAUAAGAAUUCACACUGGAGAGAAAACGUUUACAUAUCUUCAUUGUGGAAAGAAUCUCAAAGACAAAGCAAGCCUUUGGGAUCACAUGAGAAUUCACCCAUGAAUUCUCAUUCUGACUGUCCAUAUGUUACACAUUUUUAGCUCAAUGUGUGGACUUUUUAGACUAUCCCUAUCUACCAUAGGCAAAAUUUCCAAGGAAUAUCAUGGCUAAAUUAACGAUCUGGAACGAUUUCGCCAUGAUGCCAUCUGACCAUCUUAAAUAUGGGACAAAUCACGUCCUUUAUUGAUUUGAUAUGGGACACAUCAUUUAAUCUUUAAAUAUGGAAUGAUCACGUGUUUUAUGAGACCGGUGGCAACCCUAGUGCCACCCUAUAUAAGCUUUGUUUUUUCAAUAGUAAGAAUAUAUUAGUUGGGCAUAUUGGACACUUAAGAAUUGUUUUUAGUUCAUUUAUCAUUGUUAGUCAGUUUUAGAUGUUUGGGUUAAUGAGAGCAAGUGAGCGUUUUUUUUUAAGUUUAAUUUGGCAUGCCUCGCAUCCCCCCCUUUGUGCAUUGUCAUUGUAAUUUUAACUUUUUGCAAGUGAUUCACUAUUCAGUGCUGCUAACACUGUACAUAAUAACCCACUUUGUUGAAUUAUAGCUCCGUUGUCUUGGUCAUGCCUGUUCCCAGCACUGACAGCAAUCAUUUAUUUUAAAUUUUACACUCCUAUACUCCUUGUCCAUCUUGGCAGUCAUAACUAAAUGAAUUGUAUAAAUUACAUCCUAAUUUAGUCUAUUAUAACUGUUUGUAUAUACAGUGCUCCUGUUUAGUCUGCAAGCUUCAUGUGACUGAAUCGGAGAGAAAAGUCAGGCUUUCGAUGCCAUUAAUGUGUACUGUUUUUCAUGCCUGUAAAGACUGACUUCAGUGCAAGCCAAUAGCAUUUGUGCGCAUGCUGUUAAGGAGACUAUUAUUUGUUUCACCCACUGAUCGAGUAAACCCCUUCACUGAACUAGUCGGUCACCAUGAGAUGAGAUGUUGUUUGAGCUAAAUAAAUGAUAAAAUUGUUCGUGAAUGACAAGAUCUGCUGAAAGACUGAACGAGAUGUAGGUGUGUCAUUCGUUCAGUUCAGGAUGUGAGUCAAUUAUAGGUAUACACAAAACAUGAUCCCCAAUUUAUGAAUGUGUGAAAACAACUGAAGACCAUUCAGUUAAAAUAACACAAAUUACAGAUGAAAGUUGUGCUUUUCUUGAACUUUCGUUGUUUUAGUUCAAAUUAAGCCCAGAAUUAGACAAAAUAUAGAGAAAAUAGAACCUGCCAUUUGUGAUUAAAACAGUUAUUUGAACUCUAUUUUUAAAGUGUCUUCCUACUUUUGUAGACAUGCAAAUUCCAUUUGUCUUUUUCAUGCUUUUAAAAAUGUAAGUCUUAAGCGUGAGCCAAUAACAUUUGAGAGCAGGUCUGUGAAGGAGCAUAUAAUUGGUUGGACCCACUGAGAUGUGUAUAUAUAUUGUGCAAAUGUUUUAGGCACUUGUGGAAAAUGUUGCAUAGUGAGGAUGUCUUCAGAAAUAAUGCCAUAAUUCCUUUUUAUUUAUCAAUUAACGUCAUACAAAGCCCAGUAAACAUACAAAAAGCUAAAUCAGUAUUUGGUGUGACCACCUUUGCCUUCAAAACAACACCAAUUCUCCUAGAUACAGCUGGACACAGUUUUUCUUGGUUGUUCUAAGCUUCUUGGAUAAUUUGUAACAGUUCUUUUAUCUAAUCCCAGCCAUCUGUUGCAGGGAUCCUUGUUCUUCUAUUCUAUCUUAUUAUAUUUGCAAAAGAAAUGUCUAAAUGUCUAAAAUGUAUAUGUGGCAGGGCGGAGGGUGGGGCCGGGUCGUGAUCCUUCACACCCGGUCCCGUAUUAGGCUAAUUAAGCCUCCGAGGGAUAAAGGUUGACUGCAGAGGAUCGUGCGGGAGAGAGAGAUCGUUUACAAACA